AUGGUGCGACCGCCUCAAGCCCCUGUACUCCAAUGGCCGCAUCGUGCAGCCGCCUCCACCGCCGGUGAGGGCAAGGGCGCCAAGAAGCGCAAGGCCAAGAUCGUCGACGUGUGGGCGCACAACAUGGAGGCAGAGCUGGAGCUCAUCCGCAGCGUCGUCCCCGACUACCCCAUCGUGGCCGUCACCACUUCCCCCGACGUCGCCGUUGGCCGCGCCCCAGUCCCCGACCCCGAGAGCUCCUACGACACCUUCCUAUUUUACAUUCAAAGCAUCCGCUUUGCAGAGGUCAGCCUGGCCUUCACCAACCCCCGCGGCGAGCUCGCCCUGCGCCGCUUCUGGAGGUUCCACCUCGGCGACUUCGACGCCGGCCACCUCCGCUUCUUCGAAGAGAUGGGAGUCGAGGUGCCCGCCCGUCGCGCCAACGCGCGGCGCUUCGGCGCGGCGCUCAUGGCUUUCGAGACGCUCGUCAACCCCAGGGUCGCCUGGGUCACCUACGACGGCGCCGCCGACCUGGCGUACCUGAUCAGUUUCAUCGGCGCAGGCCUGCCGUCACAGAGCUGCAUGUUCCUUCCCGUGUGCAGGACUUUCUUCCCCGCGAUGUACGACCUCAAGGUCCUCGCGAUGCAUGACGAGCUCGAGGGGGUCCCGGCCAAUGAUUCUAGUAAUGCCCUCCUCGAAGCUCCUGCGCCUGACGCCAUCAUGGCCGGGUCCAACGCGUUAGCCGGAUGCCUUGGGGACCCGACCUCGGCGGUGCGGCUGGAUCGAUACCGUGGAGUGUUAUUCGGUUUCGACGACGACCACAGCGCAACCAUGGCGAUCUACGGAGAGAUGGACAGGGUGAGCGUCAUCACCGCCCCGGCGGUGACAUACGUGCAGCUGCCUCCAAUGCACCCGGAUGCCAUGCACAGCUAA